AUGUUUAACGAAGAUUUUUCAUUACUGUGGAUUGAUGAUAAUAUCCAAGAAUUUGCAAAUGAUAAUUAUGAGACACAGCAAUUAUUUCGUCAACUUUUAUCUUCGGUCCACUUUGAAUCAUAUGUUGGCAAUGCCAUUUUUGUUAUUAAUCAUGUCAAGUAUACUGAAAAAAAUUUGAUAAUUGUCGUUUCAGGCCAAAAAGCAACACUUUUAUUCGAAACACUAACUUACUAUGAUUUGAAUGAUGAUAUCGCAGCUCUAUUUAUCUUUUGUCAUAAUUCAGAUACUUAUCAGACUUUAACACAUGACAAACUAUUCGGUAUUUUUAAUGAUCCAAAACUUCUUGUUGACACAAUUCGUGCAACAAUGUAUCUUAUAGUAGGUGAUAAUGUUAAAAUUCCGACGAAUCCUCUGGAUCAAUUACAGGCAUGGUCAAGACCAGUUCGUCAAAUGACCACCGUACAGAUCUGGUAUCAACUUUAUCUUGAUAUAAUCAAAAGUUUACCUUGCGAUGAACAAGCAAAAGAAGAAAUGCUUCAAAAAAGUCAAGAAUAUUAUUCUAAACAAUAUUCAGAAUUACAGAAUAUUAAUCGAUUUCGUACUACAUAUACAUCCGCAGCAGCUAUUAGAUGGUAUACUGAGGAUUCUUUUGUUCAUAAGCUAGUCAAUAAAGCAUUACGCAGUGAAGAUAUGGAGGUAGUCUCUGCCUUUCGUUUUUUUAUCGCAGAUCUUAGUAAUACAACUAAUGAAGAAUACAUCAAUCAAAAACAACAAUACGGAACUAUUGCUUCGAAAUUUAAAUCUGGUUCAAACUCAAUAAUUAAAUUAUUUAGUGGACAGGUAUUACCAUUAAUGGAAGUAGAACGAUUAGAACAGAAUGUAGGUACUGUUAUUGCCGUUAAUGGUUUCUUUUCCACUUCAGUUAAAAGGAGUACGGGACUUAAAUUCAGUGAACGUAAGCUUUCACAAAAUCAUCUACAACGAGUACUUGUUGAAAUUUCUCUCAAUACGUCAUUACAAAAUAUCACUGCGUUUGCGGAAAUUAGUAAUCACGCAAUCUAUUCUGAUGAAGAAGAGACUCUCUUUGACUAUGGUGCCGUUUUUAAUGUUACCUCUGUUAAAUACGAUUCAGAUAUAGAUCUUUGGGAUAUAAAAUUAGCGGCUGUAUCUAGAAAUUUUAUCGAAGAACAACCAUAUCUUUCUGCCAUCCGAGAAACAUUCAUUCAGAAUCAUUCGUAUGCUAUUAUCUAUGGUAUUAUAAUAGGACAUGGUUUUGUAAGGAAAAAUGAAGCAAUUCGAUAUUUUGGUCAAUUACUAUUGAAUUAUUCAUCGGAUCAUGUUGAUAUCCCAGACAUUUUGGAACAAAGAGGUAUUUUGUACGAAAAAAAUAAUGAACAUACGAUGGCACUUCAUGAUUAUAAUCAAGCCCUUGAAAUUCGUCGUAAACGUGUUCGUGAAAAUCUUUUAGGAAUGGGUUCACUUCAUAAUCAUAUUGGUAUUCUUCAAAUGACAACAUCUGACACUCAAGCUAGUCUUAACAGUCAUCAAGAAGCAAUGAAUAUUUAUGAACAAAUCUAUACAAAAGACUAUGAUCAUGUUACUAAAGCAAAAGUAAAUGAAAGUAUUGGAUUAACUUAUUUACAAGCUGGUAACUCAUCAAAAGCAUUAGAAUAUCUAACAAAUGUUCAAAAAGUUUAUAAAAAAGUUCUAUCAGAUAAACAUCCAUAUGUCAUUGAACUUAUGGGACAUCUUGGAAUUGUUUAUGAAACGACAAAUAAUUUCAGUAUAGCAAUGAAAUUAUUCUACCGUCAGUUAAAUCAAAGUGAAGAAACCUUACCAAUAGAUCAUCCACAAUUGAUUAAAUCUUUUGAUGAUCUCAUACGUAUUCAAAUAAAAAUGAAUCAAACAUCAAACAUUAGUGCAUUGAUUAGUAGAUAUACUCAAAAGCUUAUGAAAACUUCAGAUAAUCAUUAUUCAUUCUUUUCAUAUACGAUUGCUAUGGUUGCCUCUCAUUACGAAUCGUCAGAACCUGCUGAAGCAAUACGCCUUUAUAAUGAAGUACUUAAAAUUAGUCAAAAGUCAAUAGAAGUAAAUGUUUCUUUAAUCUCAAAUUCUCAUCGAAAGUUAACGACACUAAACAGAAAAAUUGGAAAUCUAACAGAUGCUCUCAAUCAUGCUAGUCAAGCUCUUAAAAUUCAACAACAGGUCUCAAUCGAACAACAGAACAAAUCACUUGAAGCCGAUGAUCUGUACACGAUUGGCUCAAUUUAUCUCGAAAUGAAAUUAUAUACUGAUGCUCUUCAAUACUUGAUUAAAUCUCUAACUAUUUAUCAAUCAAUCCAUCUAUCGAAUCACCCUAGUAUACAAUCUAUUCUCAUAGAUAUCACUCAAGCAGCAAACCGUAGUCGAUCUAGUGAAUACUGA